GUAUUAUAUGUGUGGGUGGGGGGGUACGUGGACAUGGUUUAGUGAUUGUAGAAAAAGAGAGAUGGUGGAGUACUGUGUAACAGGCGGAACAGGGUUCAUAGCAGCUUAUCUGGUGAAGACCUUGCUGGAGAGAGGUUGCCAUGUGCGCACCACCGUCCGAGACCCAGAGAAUGAGGAAAAGGUAGGUUUUCUUAGAGAGAUGAAGGGAGCUAAGGAGAGGCUCAAGAUCUUCAAAGCCGAUUUGAUGGAGGAUGGAAGCUUUGAAGACGCUAUCCAUGGCGUCAAUGGUGUUUUCCACACCGCAUCUCCGGUUCUUGUCCCCUAUGACCACAAUGUUCAGGCAACUUUGAUAGAUCCAUGCAUAAAGGGCACCUUGAACGUGCUGAGAUCCUGUGCAAAUGCCAGCGGUACUGUGAAAAGGGUUGUUCUCACCUCUUCUUGCUCUGCAAUUCGGUACCGGUUUGAUGUCCAGAAGCAACAAAUUUUCUCCCUUAACGAAUCCCAUUGGAGUGAUCCAGACUACUGCAAACACGACAAUCUGUUUUACGCGUAUGCAAAGACGACAGGUGAGAAAGAAGCAUGGAGAGUAGCAAAAGAAAGUGGGAUCGAUCUGGUGGCCGUGAACCCAUCUUUUGUGGUUGGUCCUUUACUCGCUCCACAACCAACUAGUACUUUGCAGGUCAUACUCUCCAUUGUUAAAGGUACGAGAGGCGCAUACCCCAACACCACAAUAGGGUUUGUGCACAUAAAUGAUGUGAUUGCAGCUCACAUUUUAGCUAUGGAGGAAAGCAAAGCAUCUGGCAGGCUGGUGUGUUCCGGCUCGGUUGCUCAUUGGUCGCAGAUCAUUGAGAUGCUAAGGGCCAAAUAUCCUUCCUAUCCUUUUGAAAACAAGUGCAGCAGUCAAGAAGGAGACAACAAUGAACAUAGCAUGGAUACGAGCAAGAUUCAUCAGUUGGGGUUUCCGGCAUUUAAAUCACUUCCACAAAUGUUUGAUGAUUGUAUCAGGAGUUUUCAGGACAAAGGAUUUCUAUGAAGUUCACUUGAUCGGUCCUGUGCAAACUUUGGUUCAUUUGGGUUUUCUCUUUCUUCAAAUAAAAGGUGUUUCAAAUAACGCACUUCUCUAAAAUGCAAACGCCACGUUAAUUUAAGCAAUUGAGU